AUGUCUUCCCGGUCCUCUGACAGCGUAAUCAUAGCUGGAUCUAUCCUUGAAAGAUGUGAGCUGCUACCGUCCUUCUUAGCCAGUGAUUCUAUUGGCAUUCGGCAUAAAAUCAGUAAAUUCUCAGAAUCCAAACCAAAAUACUAUGCACUCUGGAGAACUCUCCAAGCGGCCGGCGCUGCCCCAGACUGCGUGCCCGAUCGAUCGGGAAUGGAAUCGACGGAAACUCGUGGAUUCUCUGGUCCAGCUCCAUGGUCGAUUGGCCAGAGUCCCUGGUGGUGGAUGAAAUGCGCACCUCUCAUUGGACGCCCUGGCAAAAAGGAGCAAAAAAAGGACGCGAUUGGCGAGUUAGUGCUGGCAUCGCGCCUCCAAAAAAGGGAAGAACGACACUGA